CUCCCGCUCAUCUGCUCGACUUUGCAAAACCACCCAGUCAGCAGGUGGCUUUGAUGGGGGUACGGUAUUUCGUGCCAGAAAAAUCCUCGCCUGUGUAGUGCUAAUUCCGCAAAAGUGUGGCCUCUCUGCCUGCGCACAGGAUGGCGUUCUUCAAUUUGCUUAACCGCGUAGAGUACGCGUGUGUCUGUGGGCUGCUGAACCCGCUGACGAAGCUCUACUUCUGUCGCCAUUGCAUGAAGCUGCGCUGCGGUUUCUGCGUGUGUCAGGAGGUGGAUUCGAACUUUUGCUCCAACUGUCUGGAAAACAUACCGUCGUCCGAGACGAAGAUGCGCAAGAACCGCUGCAACACCUGCUUCAACUGUCCCAGCUGCCAGCAUACGCUGUCGGUGCGUGCCUCGAUCGCUACCGUACCGUUGGCUGCCGGUGCCGACUCGAAGGAAGGCUCGCCCGCCACCGAAGACGCGGCCAAGGCUGCAAAAGGCGGCAGCACCAGCACGCCGGGACCGGCGGUGAAGCAAGUCACAAAGAAGAUGUACUAUCUCGCCUGUCUGACCUGUCGGUGGAACUCGCACGACAUCGGUAUACCGGAUCAGACGGCGGCGACCGGUCAGUGGCCGGAGCCGGAGUAUCCGAACGCGACCCGGUUUGCGCUGCUGCUGGAGCACUACCAGUCGGUCGUGCUGCACGACAAGCAGGAGCGGCAGGAGCUGUGGCGGCGCAAAAUGCCGAAGAAGAGUCAGUUUCCCAACCUGACCGAUCGGACCGGGCUGACCGCGUCGAUGAUACGCCGCCAGAUGGGGUGGUCCGACGGGAAGGUGCAGCUCAAGACGACGCCGAUCCCGAUCAAGGAGUCGGUUGCUUCCGAGGAUGUGGACGAGCUCCCAGCGGAGCUGUUGCACGCCGGCGUCAAUCUGCGCACCGUCACGACGCUAACGCAGCGGCUGGCCCAGCCGGCCAAACAGUCCGCCUCGGUCAGCCAGCUGUACCCGCAGCACAAGCUGCUCUCGAUCAAAUGCUCGCUGCGCUGCCGGCAGUGUGACCACAACGUGAUCAAGUCCGAGUACAACCCGUCCUCGAUCAAGUACCGCAUCGCGCUGUUUGCCGCCUACCACGUGCCGGACGUGCGGCUGGUGCGCUGUGAUCCGCUGCGAUGUGAGGGCGCCGAGUCGGCGCUCCUGCUGCGCAUCACCAAUCCCACGAUCAACGAGAUGACGGUGACCAUCAUGGAGCUGCCCACGGUCGACGAGGAGCGGCUGCUGAUACAGGAGCUGAAGGCGAUGGCGCUCGAAAGUGGGACGGCAGCGUCUGUCGCGUCCGCCGGUGGUGUCGGUGGUGGUACCGGCGGUCAGACAUCCCUGACCAGCUUGAGUCAGGGAUUCGCCCGACAGGGCAUGCUAAUCGAGGAACCGAGGCUAGUUGAUCGGGCGGUCAACGGGACGCUCAAGCUGCCCGACAGCAGCUUCACCGUAAACCAGCGCGACGAUUCGGCCGAGUUCGACGAGGUCGUGCAGGGACACCAGGAUGAGCCGAAAUUCAUCGUCUGGCGGAAGGCAAACCAUGUCGUUAUUCGACUCGGGGUGCAGCCGAAACCGGACGUGCAGCCGGACGAGGACGUAGUGGUUGGGUUCACGCUGCAGUACACCUACUUCAAUACGGUUGCGGACAAGAGCGUUGCUUCAGCCGCCGCAACAUCCACACCGUCGCUGAGCGGUACGAGCAAGGAACAGAAAUGGCACGCACUAAAUACGCGCAUUUACAUAAACCUAGGAAAGCUGCAACCCGUGGGCGUGGAAUGAGUCGCGUGGGCGUAUAAUAAGAUGAACGCAUUCGUUGCUUGAAGUGGUUCGAUUAGGGGAUAGGUCUUCGCUUUCGUAAGUGUGGCACGUAUUAUUAUGGCACUGUCGACACGAAAACGAGUAAGCAAAAAAAAAAAAAACAAACAAACAAGUAACUCACGUUAAACCAGCUGUAGCAUAAUAUCUCCAUUUUAUUUAUGAUAUAUAUAUUCUUUCGCUUAUGCUACAAGCAAUAAACACAAUACUACACUAUAAAUAGA